CUCAUGUGCCAUAUAUAAAGUAUUAAUUUGUACAAAUUACACUUCCAUAAAAACAAUUAAUACAAAAACACUAACAUCCCACAUGACCAACUUUAACCAAUACCUAUUUCUCUUCAAACCUUCCUCUAAUCCCACCUUCCUUCAUUCUCAAAUAACCCACAUAAAUAUUCAAACAAUUCAGAGAUAGGAGAAGUACCAGUCCCAGUCCCAGUCCAAAUUACAAAACAAACCAAUGGCUGGUUCAGCUUCUACAUCUCCUCCAUAUCAUCCCACCUCCAAGCCUUCUAAAUCUUCAAUCUCUUCCUCUUUCCUCCCUUGGCGAAAAUCCAAUAUCUACACUUUGCCUGUCGUCCUUUUCCUUUGCAUAGCUUCUUACUCUUUUGGUCUCUGGCAACAUGGCGGUGGCCUAGCCAUCGAUGCAUUCACCAGAAAUUCUAGUCCCCAACUGACAGCCCCAUGCAACCCAGUUAAAAUCGACACCACCACCACCACCCCCACCACCACAAAAAAUUUAGAUUUUUCAUCCCACCAUAGCCUCGAAUACGCCGGCGAGACAAGAAACAACACCGGAAAAACAUUCCCUCGAUGUGAUGUGAGUUACAGCGAGUACACGCCAUGCGAGGACGCCAAGAGAUCUCUGAGGUUCAGCAGGGAUAGGUUGAUAUACAGAGAAAGGCACUGCCCGGAAAAGGCGGAGCUGUUGAAGUGCCGUGUACCGGCGCCUCACGGGUACAAGAACCCGUUCGCGUGGCCGGCGAGCAGAGAUCUGGCUUGGUAUGCAAACGUGCCCCACAAGGAAUUGACGGUGGAGAAGGCGGUUCAGAAUUGGAUUAGAUACGAAGGGGAACGGUUCAGGUUUCCAGGAGGAGGGACCAUGUUCCCUAAUGGUGCCGAUGCGUAUAUCGAUGAUAUUGGGAAGCUGAUCAAUCUCAAAGAUGGCUCUAUUCGGACCGCCAUUGAUACUGGUUGUGGGGUGGCCAGUUGGGGAGCAUAUCUAUUGUCCCGAGACAUCCUAGCAGUGUCGUUUGCACCAAGGGACACACAUGAAGCCCAGGUUCAGUUUGCACUGGAACGAGGUGUCCCUGCCCUCAUCGGAGUCCUCGCAUCGAAAAGACUUCCUUACCCUUCCAGAGCCUUUGACAUGGCACAUUGCUCCCGCUGCCUUAUUCCCUGGGGUCUAUACGAUGGGAUUUUUCUGAUCGAAGUUGAUCGAGUUCUUCGUCCCGGUGGAUAUUGGAUUCUUUCUGGUCCACCAAUUCACUGGAAGAAAUAUUGGAAGGGUUGGGAGAGAACAAAGGAUGAUCUGAACGCAGAGCAGACUACCAUUGAGAACGUUGCUAAAAGCCUAUGUUGGAAAAAAUUGGUGGAGAAGGGUGACAUUGCAAUUUGGCAAAAACCAACUAACCAUUUGGGCUGCAAAGUCAAUCGCAAACUCGCUCAGAAUCCUCCUUUUUGCCCUGCUCAAGAUCCUGAUAAAGCUUGGUAUACGAAUAUGGAGACCUGUUUGACCCCAUUGCCUGAGGUUUCAAACAACCAUGAAAUUGCUGGUGGGGAAUUGGCAAAAUGGCCUGCCAGGCUAAACUCAAUCCCACCAAGGAUUAGUAGCGGAACUGUGAAAGGUGUCAAUGCCGAAGCUUUCAAACAAGACUUGGAACUGUGGAAGAAGAGGGUAUCCUAUUAUAAAUCAGUGAACAACCAGCUUGGGAAACCUGGGAGGUACCGAAAUCUUUUGGACAUGAAUGCUUUCUUGGGUGGAUUUGCUGCUGCUCUUGUUGGUGAUCCUGUGUGGGUUAUGAAUGUGGUCCCUGUGGAUGCCAAGGUUAACACACUUGGAGUUAUUUACGAACGGGGUUUGAUUGGAACUUAUCAGAAUUGGUGCGAAGCAAUGUCUACUUAUCCAAGAACUUACGAUCUGAUUCAUGCAGAUUCAGUGUUUACCCUCUACAAAGAUAGAUGCGAAAUGGAAGAUAUUUUGCUAGAGAUGGAUAGAAUUUUGAGGCCAGAGGGGAGUGUAAUCUUCAGAGAUGAUGUUGAUACUGUGGUAAAGAUCAAGAAGAUGAUUGAUGGAAUGGAGUGGGAUAGUCAAAUUGUUGACCAUGAAGAUGGACCUCUUGAGAGGGAGAAACUUCUAUUUGCAGUCAAGAAAUAUUGGACUGCUCCUGCCGAUACUUCUUCCUAGCUUUACUUUUUUUCAUUUUGGAUCAGAUUUAUGUUCACAAUUUUUUUCCCCCUUUUACAUAAUCAAUACUCUAGUCAUUCUUUCUUCUGAAUUGUUUAAA